AUGGUCAGGGAGCAUGAUCCUGAUGUACCGGAGAUUUCCACUUUCAUCCUGCCUGACCCAAGGUCACAACGAUGGAAACGAAUAUCAUCGUAUAUCGAAUCCUUCUGUGAAGGAGCUUCAUUCGUUUUGGACAACUCGGUUUCUGGUGAUUCUAAUAACCCUGGGUUCCGGGACUUGCAGGAACCCCGAGCUUGGGUUUCGGACUGGGAUGGUUCUGCUCAAUUGCUUCCACCGUCUGAAAGAACGUAUGGCAGAGUACUUAACUAUCUUGAGCUUUACGCAGUCUUGCAGAAAAAGCCAUUCUCUAUCCGCACUCCGAAUGCCACUGUUAGCCAUCGUCGAAGCAUUAUUCUGACUCUUAUGAGAACAGCCCUGGUGCAUCAGCGCGAGGCCUUCCAAGAAUUAUUUGCUACCUAUAUUAGCGAGAAACCAACACCUCAAAUCGGUCUCGGAGAGUCUAGCUGGUGGAAUGAUCACUUUGUUAUUUCGUUUACUCUUCCCUUCUUUGCUAUUAGGUUCGAAGACCGAGAAGAUAUAAGGAGAAUCUUCAAUGAUCGGAAGCCGUUUCGAUCUCGCAUAAACCUCUCCUUUCUAGGCAUAAAUCGCCCAGAGCCGAAAGAACCUUCAGAGAGCAGUACAGGGGUAUUCCUGCACCGAGCGGCAUGCGCAUUCAUGAUCACAGGCAAGAGUGAGCGCUACUGGACUGCUGUAUUUCUGGACGAAGACUUCGCCGAUGAAGUACCAAAGUUAUCUGUGGAAGAAGAGGAAGAUGUUGCAGUUGGUGGCAUAGACCCCAUCAUUGUCGAUGCAAAGUUCAACUCUGCUGACACAAUUGUUUCACCAAGGGCUUAUGCUCUUGCAGCUUUGGCAGCCACCCUCGAAGGGAUCGCUGAGCAUCAUGCUUACAUCCAGGAAGAAUAUGCGGCUAGUCUCUAUCAACAUACCGCAGAUCACCGACAAUAUACACCCAAAAGAUUUAUGUCCGAAAAGCAUCAAGAAUGGAGGAUUCAAUUCCAAGAGUCUAUAGGUCAUGUCAGAAACACUACUCUCCAAAUACUCCGAAAAUUCAACGAGUUUCUUGGCCAAGAUGUUUGCAUCAGCCCUGAGGGCCUCCCUUGUAGCCCCCAAUGGCUGAGUGUGGCGGACGAGCCCAAUGCUAAGAAGUCUUUGGGGAGGGUCGUUGCGUCGCGCAAUAGAUUGCGAGAGAUUAGUUACGAGCUGGAUUAUCUGGUUGACGAAGCUAGACGUGAGACAGGAAAGGCAGGUCUACGUGUUGGUUGUGGAUGCAUCUUGGAGACACGGAGCUCCGGACAAACCUGUCUCCGGUCUUCUAUGAGUCAUAUAUCUCCUCCUAUCAUGCCGUCAGCAACUCGUCAAGACCAGAUCCUAUUGGUUCCCUGGGACCCCAGCUCAACAGAGCACGUCAAUCGUAUCUAUGAACAGAGAGUUCAAUGCGGCUGGGAUAAACAGCGAGUCGACGGAUGGAAAACGAAGCAGACCUCAGGAGAAAAGUGUAUAUUUUGGAUUACACUUCGACCGGAGAACCCUCAGACACGCGAAUCCCUUGAACUUCAUUUCGAUGCAUUCCCCGCUGAGAAAGAGCCAUUGGUAGACACCGCCGACAGCCUCCGAGCCAAGCCACGAACGCCAUCACACACAAAGUUUUACCCAGUCGGCCACAUCUCGCUUGACCAUACCAAUGAGAAGAUGGGAGACUUCGUUCUGGACCUUCCCGAGAAAGGAGUCUAUUGGAUCAAAACCUUUUACAUUUCCAAAGCACUGCGAAGCAAAGGCAUCGGACGCGCCGCUAUGGACCUUGUUGAAUCAAUGGCCAUUGACGAGCCGCUAUGUGCCAAGACCCUAGCCAUCGACACUGCCCAGAAGGAUACGCAAAAGAGGAUUUACAGAGAGAAAGGGGUGGAACUAGCUUCUACUAACCAGGAAUGGUAUGAACGAAGGGGAUACAGGUUGAUUCAUACGGAACCCGACUUCUACACGGACCCUGAAGAGCCCCCAGUUGAUGCUGUAUUCCUUAGGAGGGACAUUGCAUAG